AUGUCUCGGGCCGAGGACACCCUGUGGUCUCAGUAUGAGGACCUCGGCCUCAUCGGCCUGGGUGCCUUUUCAGACAUCCACAAGGCUCGCCACCGCUUAACAGGAGUCACGGUGGCCAUCAAGUUCCUGGAGAAGCAGGGGAGAGCUCAGGCAGUUGCACGCGAGGUGGAAAUCAUGAAGAUGCUCGAACACCCGAACACCGUGGCGCUCUUUCAUGUAGUCGACACGAAAGACACCACCUACCUGGUCCUCGAACUGUGCCAGCAAGAGCUGCUGGCACACAUCUCCAGGAAGGGCUGCCUGCAGGAGGACGAGGCCCGCGGGAUUUUCAGACAAAUCCUAGAUGCCAUCAGUUACUGCCACAGCCGCGGAAUCGUACACCAAGACAUCAAGCCAGACAACAUCAUGGUGGACGACGGGGGCAAGGUCACCGUCAUAGACUUCGGCCUGGCCACAAGAUUUUUGCCAGGAGAGAUGCUGACCAAGUACUGUGGGGCUUACAAGUACAUGCCUCCAGAAGCUAUCUCGUUGCAACCGUAUGACGGCCCUAAAAAGGACGUGUGGUCCUUGGGGGUCCUUCUCUAUUACAUGCUAACUAGGACCAUCCCUUUUAAGUCUAGCGAGCAUACGGAAGUCAAACAGAAGAUCAUCGCAGGGGACUAUGAGGAACCCGAAGGCCUCUCGGAUGAAUUAAAGGACCUCAUUAGGCGUUUACUAACCGUGGACCCUGAAAGGAGGCCAACAACCAUAGACAUUAUCCGUCACCCUUGGCUCCAGCAGGGCCAAGGGGGUUCAGAUAAUCCUGAGCCACCCCCCAAACAGCCGGACACAAACAUCAUAUCAAUCAUGGAAUUCAUGAAAUUUGAUGCAGACGACAUCGUUGAAGCUAUCCGGGAACGUAAGUACGACGACGUCAUGGCGACAUAUCUUUUAUUCCAGGCUCAGAGCAGGAUGGGGGGCAAGGCUGAAGACAAGGCUGUCUGCCCGGGAACGACGCCUUUCCCCACCACCACUGACCAUGCUGCCUUCCCCGUGCCCCCCAAGAUGAAACACCCCGCGCCUGUGUUUCGGACACUGUCUUCGGGGUUAGCGGCCCAGGAACAGCCUGAGGAUGAGCAGCAGGCAGAGCCUAAGGAGGUCAGGGUUGCCAGUCUACCCAACCUGCACAUAUCCUGGCCCAAGAAGAGGCCCCCCGUCAAGCCGAGUCCCGAAGAUCCUCGCCCCGUUACCGCUCCAGCCUCCCUCUGUCCCGGCCCUGGGCCACAGCUCCCGCCCAAGGCGCGUGGCACCGGUAAAGGAGACCGGCUGCAGCAGACCAAGCCAGCAGCAUCAACCCAGGGCGGAGGGAGGAGGCUGGAGCUGCGGGAGCAGAUGGGGGACACUUCGGACGGGGACACUGAACCCUCGAACCGGGGCCUGCGCAGCCGCUUGAAGGCCCUGCGGGGCAGGAUCCAAGGCUGUCUGAGACGUCUGUUCCACCGCAGGCCCGCCCGGGACCUCCACCUCUUCCAGAAGCGCGUGUCCCCCCAGCAAGCAGUGGACAUCCGUGACGAUGACAAAGCCUCUGUCACCCCAGAACACACGAGCAUGUGUAUUCCGUGUGUGUGUGGCCGAAGAGACAAGAUCAGACCCUCCUGA